AUGCAGACCUUCUUUAACCUCGCCGUGCUGGCGACUCUGGCCAGCAAUGCCUUCGCUCAAACAUCCACCCUCUGUGACCCGACCAAGACGUCUUGUCCGGCCGACCCAGCGCUGGGUACGACGCAUGAAUGGUAUUUCAACACCACCCUCGACACUACCAUUUGGAACAUGACGACCGGCGGUUAUACUACCACCGAUGAGGGAGCCGAAUUCACCAUCAGCAAGGAAGGAGAAUCGACCUUGCUCCAGUCAAACUUUUAUAUCUUCUUCGGUGUGGUCGAAUCCUGGGUCAAGAUGGCCGUGGGCGGUGGUGUGAUCAGCAGUGUGGUGCUGGAGUCGGAUGAUCUGGACGAAAUCGAUUGGGAAUGGGUCGGAUAUAACACCAGCCAGGUGCAAAGCAACUUCUUCGGCAAGGGCAACAACACUACUUUCGACCGUGGCGGUUUCCACGCCGUCGCGAACGCUGAUACCGAGUUCCACAACUAUACGACCUACUGGAACUCGGACAGGCUCGAGUGGUGGAUUGAUGGCGAGCUGGUUCGUACUGUUCCUUACUCGACGAAUAGCACCCUGCAGGGCAAGAACUAUCCGCAGACACCCUGUCAGGUCAAAUUUAGUGUCUGGCCCGCUGGUCUGAAGGGUGCGGCCCCGGGAACUAUUGAGUGGGCCGGUGGCUUGGUUGAUUAUAGCAAAGGACCUUUUACUAUGACGGUGCAGAAGAUCCGUGUCCAGGACUUCCACACCGGCAAGGAGUACAGCUACGGCGACCACUCCGGAGACUGGGAGAGCAUCAAAGUUGCGGAAGGAAUCUCGACUAUUCUCGACCACAUCAACAACCCUCCCAAAUCUCUCGCUGAGAAGUGGGACGACCUAGGGACAGGCGCCCACGUCGGCGUCUACGUUGGAGCCGCCGCCGCCGCCGGCCUCGUUAUCGUCGCACUGGGACUAUACUGUAUGCGCAAGCGUCGACAGGGCCGCCUCGAGCAUGCUCUCGGCAACGACCAGUACAACAACGAGCGUAACGAGAUGCAAAACUACCAGAACGACUGGAAGGCAAGCGAGUGGCGAACCAGCGGCUAUCAUCAGGUCAAGUAA